AUGUUUCGCAAGCUCCUGUUUUUGGCUAUUUUUUGCGCUUUUAAUAGUGCCGAUGGUUUGAAAUGCCACAAGUGCGGCGGUACUGAUGGCAUACCGAAAGCGGCCAAAUCGUUAAUAUCUAAACUGAAUAUUACGACUUUGGACUCGCUUUAUGGAGAUUGCAAAGCUAAAUCUGGAAGUGAUAUGUGUGAUGACGGAAAGUUUUGCUUGAAGAGUUCACAUGUCUAUGAAGUUUCCUAUGGUGGAGUGAGUGCAAAAUGGACUUCUUACACCAAGGGAUGUGCGACUCAAAGAAAGGACAAUCAACUUGACCCAACCGCCACCUGCUAUGAUUUGGGUCUGGUUGGGGACCAUUCCGGUUAUACUGUGCGCAAUAUCGAUUGCUACUGCGACAAGGAAUUCUGCAAUUCUUCCCAAUUGCUUUCCAUUAUUUCAUCAUCGGCUUUAAUUGCUAUCAUUUAUUUGUUAAAAUUUUAA